AUUUUUUUAAUUGCGUGUAACUGUCUAGCGUACCUACCUUAUGAAGGCAAGCGUCACGAAGUCCUUUAGUGCCCCGAGUCGGAGCGACGCUAUGCUACUCAUCGGACCCACUUCUUUUUUUAAUUUUUUUUUUUCCCUUUAAUAAAGCUUAUAGGCUAUUGACCACUUCUUGUCUUUUUUCUUCUCCACUUGACGUUCCUGGCCUACCAUGUCUCAUUCAGAAACGGGAACGCCGCCGUCCUUCGAAGAAAAAGAUGUUUAUAUCGAUCCGAAAAGUCUCACACAUCAUUCGGAUAAAUCCAACAGUGACAUUGUAGAAAGGUACACAGAUGAUGAAAAACGACUCCAUUUGGAUGACCUCAACCGGCACACCGACGAGGAAGAAGAUCCUUACACUCACGGUGAUCCGACUGAAUUGAAGGAAGCUGAUAUUCAAGACGAUCAUAUCGAUACGGAUGUUGAACCACAAACUCGAGAGCAAUUCGAUUGGGACAUUGUGGACGAUGACGACAGUCUUCUGGAAGAGAACAAGCCAACUGAAUCAAAAAUAGGCAACAGCCGCUUGUUCCAGUGCUUGGCAUCCAACUCAUCCUCCAUCGCUUGGUCACUCAAUAUCGUUUUUGGCUUAAUCGUCAUUGGUGUUGCCAUCAUUAUCCACGUCGUAUACGACGACUUGGAAAAGCCGGAUGCAUCCGUCGGACUAUCUAAUAUUGCCUUGAGCUUGGAGCUCUGGUUCACAUGGCUCGCCUUCAUGUGGGUUAUAUCGGUUGCCAUGCACUUUUUUGUUGAAGUCAUUCCCUGGUGUAUCAAAACCCUGUUCAAAAUCAUUAUGCCCAGCAAGACCGAGAUUACUCGCAUGCGACUGGCUUACUACAAUGCCCUUCGAACGUAUAUCAAGCUGAUUCUGAUCUGGGCAUGGGGCUGGGGAGCUUGGGCUUUCCUGAGAGUCUUCCCCAAUAACUUAACAAGGUCUGAUCGACAAGCCUCCUUUGGUUACACCGGUACCUUUCAAGUUAUUUGGCAGUGCUGUUUCUUUUUGGCACUGAUGGUCUUUAUUGAAAAGUUUAUUUUACAAUUGAUUGUGACCGCUUUCCAUCGCAAGGCCUACAGCACUCGAAUUGCCCACAACGACCAUGCUUUGACUGUCCUGGAUCGACUCAAGAAGGGCAAGCGACGAUUCAACUAUGGAAAAGGACGCCGAACCAAAUCCAGCUCCAACACCAACAGUGCCCGUCCAUCGCUGGAAAACAGUCAACGAGAUAGCAUUAGUGGUGACGAUAUGGGGACUUUGCCUAUCGAUGAGAAAAAACGUACAAACCGAAAGCUCAAGCGGAAUGGCGAUGAAAAGUCCAAUGUACGUUUUGCUAGAAACGAUACUCGCAUCCCCAUGCCAGACGAGAAGAUGAAGGACGAAACCCCAGCUUACCUUGGACGACCCAGCAUGCCCUCCAGACCAUCCUCCAAUGACUUUUUCUCCACCUUGACUCAAAAGCUGAAGGGUCUCAAGGCCAAUGAAGACUCUCCGCGUCAACAGAAUGACCGUCCCACCAUAAGUCGUCUGUCUUCACGAAGCAGCACGUUCGACUCGGCGAAAACGCUUGUGCACGGAGGAAAAGAUACGGCGCUGGCCAUUCCUAAUCUGAUCAAAAACGGGUUUAAUAUCAAGUCGGUCUACAAUACCAUUUUGCCGCCAUCCGGAACGUCUCAACAGCAAGCCAAAGAUCUUGCCAGGCAGAUCUACGCCAGCUUGAAACCAGCUGGCGCGGAUCGAGAUUACUUGGUGGAAGCCGAUCUGUACAGUCACUUCCGCACCAAGGAAGAAGCAGCUAAAGCGUUCCAACUCUUUGACAAGGACGGCAAUGGCGACAUUUCCCGGCGCGAAUUGCGUAAUGGUUGCAUUCGCAUUUACAAAGAACGCAAACUCCUAUCGGCGUCCAUGAGAGACUUGUCUCAAGCUUCUGGUAAACUCGACGUGAUUCUCCUGACCAUUGCUGCCAUCAUCUGGGCUGUCAUUGUCUGUGCUUCGUUCGGUAUCAACGUUGGUACCUCGCUGAUGCCUUUGUGGACCAUGUUUGUUGCUGUCAGUUUCAUCUUUGGUAACAGCGCAAAAGACAUGUUUGAAAGUAUCAUUUUCAUUUUCGUGACCCAUCCUUAUGACAUCGGCGAUCGUGUCUUCAUCGGUACGGAAAACUGGCAAGUGAAGAGCAUGGGGUUGCUUAUUACCACAUUCCUUAAAUGGGAUGGUACCACCGUCUAUGUAAAGAACUCAGUUCUGGCUCCUCUAUAUAUUUUCAAUGUCUCUCGUUCUGGCCCUAUGGGCGAGACAGUGGACAUUCAUUUGCACUUCAGAACACCAGCUUGGAAGAUUGAUUCGCUGCGCGAUCAUAUGCAAGAGUGGUACAAUACCGAAGGCAAAGGUUUUACUUAUAACAGCCAUGGUAUGAAUAUCAUCACGUUUGAUCAGCUCAACAAGAUCACAGCAACCAUCUACAUGGAGCAUAAGCAAAAUUGGUCUGAUAGUGGAAAGCGCUGGGCGUCAAGAAAUGCGUACAUGAUGAAACUGAAGGAAGUCUUGGAGACUUUGGAGAUCAGCUACACUCUGCCACCCAUGCCAGUGGCCACUCGCAACGAUGCUCCUGACGAAAUUUAUAACUUUGGCAACAAGACUGGAUAUGGUAUGGAAGGCCUUGCCUCCGGCGGCAGUAGCGACAGCACCCAUUACCGUAGAGGUUAUAGGUACUCUGAAAAAGGCCAAGAUGGUAUGCUUGGUGGGGGUGGCUCGACUGCAGCUGGAGGAUCCAACGACGCUGCCCCUGGUCCAGCUGCUGCCCUUGUUUUUGCUUCGCAAAUGUAGAAGCCCACCACCUCGUUCUUGGUCGCUCGUGUAUACCCUUCAAUUAGACUUAUCUGGACUGUUUUCAAACAGAAAUACAUACUCUUUUUUAGUUUUUUUGGAAUGUUUGCUCCACAUUCUAUACCCAUCGGUGUAUAUAUACUCUUCUUAACUUAUGUAUUGUAACUUGAGGCCUUGUUGUAAAUUGGCAGAUAAGCCAGACGCUCUUUCUGAUGAAGAUCAUGUUUCUCAUUAAAAGUGCUAUUAUAUCCUACGUACAGGUUGGAUUGUGUUCUGAAACCUAGCAUAAUAUCGCCUGUCAUUUAUCAGUGA